ACCCACAUUUUAUCAAUUGUGUGCUCCCAGUGAAAACGUGCGGCUCGAUUGCGUCUCUCCCCAAGAGUGGCAAUAUUUUGAUAUUAAUUAAUUUACGACGAUCUAAACACAUACUCCAAACAAAUUGAUCGAUUCUCUUUUCAUGAUCAAUUGAUUCUUCUCCGGCCACAGCCGAAUCAUCAAUACGUUCUCGCGAUCAAAGUGAUAAUUUUCUCUUUCUCGUGAACGUGGAGGAAAAAAAUAUAUUUUUACACAUAGUUUUUUUUGUUGGUGGCAAAUUGGACAGAUUGAGACUUCUCUUUGAGAGGUGGGGAAAAAUCGUCAGUGUACGCCGCCAGCGUCUUGUCUAAAUGAUCGCUAAUUGCUUACCCAAAUAAGUAAUUUGUGAUCUAAUUUCUCCGGCAAAUACAAAAUCACCAUAAAAAUGGCCGACUACCCGCUUCUCAAUUCGGGUGCAGCUGUUGGUGGUGCGGCAAGUCCGACCACCCAAUGCAGAGAUACGAGCAAUUUUGAACCCGUUGCACCAGCUCCAUCGCACAAUAUCCCCUACCAUCCGCGCAGGAAGUCCCUCAUUGACGAAAUCGACGUACCAACUGAGAACGUAGACAUGGUGGACAAGGUGGACAUCAUUGGGAAGGUUGUCGGUGACUGGGGAUGCUGGCAGCUACGCACAGUCCUCCUCAUUUUCCUCUGCAAAAUCCCCAGUUCAUGGUUCAUGGCGUGCAUCAUCUUCACCGCCCCCGCACCACGUCAUGGGGAUUUCUUCUGCAAACCACCUCCACACAUACCCGUCCUACCGGAAGUCAAUAAGAGCACGUGGAUCAAGAUCUCCCAUCCAGCUGUGCUGGAUCCCGCCGAUCAGGAGCUCACCAUUGACUUUUGCAAUGUGUACGAUGAUGCCCUGGACCAUGUUAGCAAGUACUUCAAUCGUAGCGAUAUGUCCAAUCCGUGGAUUGAGCCUGAACGCAAUGCCACAAAUAUCAUCCCAUGCGAGAGCUUUCAGCACCACAGUGACUACAAAAGUAUCAUCACAGACUUUGAUUUGGUGUGUUCAAGAGAUAUUCUAGUCGCCACAACGCAGUUCUUUCACCUAUUUGGUGUUCUCUGGGGUGGCAUCAUCACUACACAACUUCUAGUGCACUUCAGCCCACGUCGUGUGAUGUUGGCCGGGAUGUUGUCGCAAAUAAUUUGCGGAAAUCUCACGGGUCUGGUCACGAGCUAUGGACUUCAUGUAUUCUUCAGGUGCCUUUCUGCCAUUUGCUGUGGUCUCAUGUACACUGCAGGCGCUGUUAUAUUCUCUGAUAUCACGGCGGGAAAGUACAAGACGAUUGUUUGCACAAUGUUUGAGCAAUUCUGGUCAAUCGGUGUGAUUCUUCUACCAGGAAUGGCGAGCUUUGUCAACAAUUGGUCACAACUCUACAUGGCAAUUUCCUUCCCCACCUUCAUCCUCGUCAUCCUCCACAGAUGGAUCCCAGACUCUCCACGCUGGCUAAUCGCCAGGAAUCGCGUGUCUGAGGCAAAGGCAAUCCUCGAGGAAGCAGUUCGGAUAAAUGGAAGACCGAAUGCCCUACCGCGGGACUUUGAGCACCUGCUGCAAGUUCAAGCGGCCUCGUGCCUUGAGGGUCCUCCUCCACCAACUUGGUGGUCCCUCUGGGAAGGUCAUCGGGCUAAGCGUCACAUGAUCUGUGUUCACCUCGUGUGGUCCAUCUACAUUGUCACCUACUACGGCAUGUUGCUCAACAUUCGUGUCUUUGGGCGCGAACACCUCGAGGCUAAUACCAUCGUGGCGGGAUGCUGUGAAAUUUUGGGUACCUUCAUUGGACUGUAUUUGAUACUCAACAGCGAGAGGAAGUGGCUCUGGACGGGCAUUUGGAAUGCAGUAGCUGGCCUAGCUGCCUGUGCCAUUUGGUUCAUUCCACCAUCAGUUCAGGGUCUUGAGCGUGUUAUUCUGGAGAUGACGACAGCCAUGAUCACAAAGACGGCAAUUUCCACGACUCUGUCCAUCCUCACCACGUGUACCACGGAACUAGUCUCGGCAGAUAAGAGGAGAAUUUGCGCCUUUUCGACGAUCGUGUGGGCCAGAAUUUGGCUCCUGACGGCCCCCUUUAUUGGUGCCACCACAAUCUUCGGCAAGUACGUCGCUCAGACCGCCCUAUCUGGUAUGUCCAUCGUUGGUGGCUUCCUCACAAUGUUCCUGUCCAGCCCACGCACACUGCCGGCCAGAAAGAAGAAGACAACAAAUCUACCCCCAGAACUGACCACACCCGAAGUUUGGACCGUGAAGAGUCAUCAGGAGAAAGCUGGUGCCUAAAUCAACCUCUCAGUUUACUUACAAUAAGUACAAGAUUGAUAUCCAACUGCAAUUCUCCUGCUGCCUUGUGCAUAAUGAAAAGAAAA